AUGGCUAGAGUUUUACAAUUUCUCGCUGCUUUUCUGGCAGUUUUUGCUGUCGUAAGUGCUGAAACCUUAGAAGAAAAUGCUUCAAAUCCUGAGGAGAUAGCAGCGGAAUUCGAGCUUCAAGACUUAAAUGAAGGUUUAGAAGACGUCGCUUAUCAAGGGGAAGAAAAAGCCGAGGACAGCAAAGAAGCGAAAGAGGAACUAAAAGAAAAUGCUCCCGUGGAACAAGACGCCACUGAAGAAGAAACCUCUGACGAAGCUGUUGAGGAUAAUGACCAAGCCGAGGACAGCAAAGAAGCGGAAGAGGAACUAAAAGAAAAUGCUCCCGUGGAACAAGACGCCACUGAGGAAGGAAACUCUGACGAAGCUGUUGAGGAUCAAGCUGAAGACGCUGAAGAGGUGAACUAUACACCCGUAGAACAAGACGCUAUUGAAGAAGAAACUUCAGACGAAGCUGCAGAGGAGGAGAGCGACCCUGCCGAAGACAUUGAAAAAGCGGAAAAUACUCACGUAGAACAAGACGCCAAUGAAGAAGAAACUUCAGACGAAAAUUCUGAGGAGGAGAGCGACCAAGAAGAGGAAGCACAAGACUAUCAACGAGAAGAUGAAGAAACCAGCGAGGAUGAAGCAGAAGAUGGGAUUCCAUUGAGGAGAUGUGGCUUCAAGCUAUACAACCCAUUGACUCAUAAAUGUUGCUUUGGCAGACAAAUCGUUCCCAAACAUAGUAGCUGCCCUCGUCCUCUCCCGAGACAAUCGGACCACACCAUUCGAGGGCUAUUUUGGAACAUUUUGAACAGUAUAAAAAGGGGAGAAUCUUUAGCUCUAGGUACAUCGUCCGACAGUGGUACAAGCAUGACUAGAGUUCUGCGCUUCCUCGCUGUUUUACUGGCAGUUGUCGCUGUCGUAUAUGCUGAAACCUUCAAAGAUAACGCUGAUAAUCCUGGAGAAGUAGCAGCGGAGUCUGAGCUUCUAAACUUAAAUGAAAGUAUAGAAAACCUUGCUGAUCAAGAAGACAACAAAGCCGAAGACAGUGAAGACGUAGAGGAAGAACAAUCAGAAGAUGCUCCUGUAGAACAAGACCCCAUGGAAGAAGAAGAUUCAUACGAACUUACUGAGGAGGAGAGUGACACAGGGGAAGAUACCCAAGAAGACUAUCCACAAGAAAGCGAUGAAAUAGAGUACGACAUGGAAAACAGUGAAGAAGACGAAGAAUUGGCCCAAGAGAAAGAUGAAGACUAUUUAGACCCAGACCCAGAAGAGGAUUCCUUAGAAGGGCCAGAGGAAGACAUUCCUUGCGGUAAAUAUUUCAUCAGUCUGACAAAAAAAUGCUGUUAUGGUAGAGUGGUCUCAAAGAAAUUCAGAUGCCCACCAAGAUGUGGCUCGAGGCCCUACAACCCAUGGACUCAUAAAUGCUGCUCUGGCAAAUACGUCGUCAGCAAACGUCUUCCCUGCCCUCGGUUGUGUGGUUCGCGUCUCUACAACCCAGUAACCCGCAAAUGCUGUUUUGGCAGAGUGGUCUCAAAGAAAUUCAGAUGCCCACCAAGAUGUGGCUGGAGGCCCUACAACCCAUGGACUCAUAAAUGCUGCUCUGGCAAAUACGUCGUCAGCAAACGUCUUCCCUGCCCUCGGUUGUGUGGUUUGCGUCGCUACAACCCAGUAACCCACAAAUGCUGCAUCCUCGGAAAAUCACGUAGAGUCAUCCCCAGAAAAGCAACCUGCCCUCGGUUGUGUGGUUCGCGUCCCUACUACCCGAAGACCCACAAAUGCUGUUCUGGCCGAUAUCGCGUUAGCAUCUACAGCAGUUGCCCUCGCAAGUACUAACGUGGUCUAGUUUCCUAUCAGUGAUCUACAAGCUACCUUGGCCGGAAAGUUGAACCGAGUUUUUCCUCGAAAGAACGUGCACGAAAAGUAAUAAUAAAAGAAAAGCCGUACUCUUAUAAGUAAAUCUUGCGAGUAAUUAAUUUGCUAAUCUGAUAAGGAUGCUAAUGUUUAAGAAUUUUGUGUAAUGUUCGGUUGGAAUAAACUUAGAAGUUGUUCUGA